AUGCGUCCCAUCACUAGAUCCACCAAGAUGGACAUCCGUCCCGACAUGCCCGAGUGCUGGGGUCACCGAGGCGCCUCUGCCACUUUCCCCGAAAACACCAUCGCCAGCUUCGAAAAGGCCAUCCGCGAUGGAUCCGAAGGCCUAGAGACCGACGUACACAUCACCACCGACGACGUCAUCGUCAUGUUUCACGAUCCUACACUAGAAAGGACCACCAACGGCAAAGGCCUCAUCUACGAGCGGCCCUACUUUGGCGACGACGGCAUCGAACACCUUCGAACGCUCAAGCAACCUCCACAGCAGAUCCCUACCUUCGUUCAAGUCUGCGACCUCCUCAUGCGCCCCGGAAACAAGCACGUUAAGCUCAACCUCGACAUCAAGCCGGACAACGACCCGGACCGUCUCUUCCCACUCAUGCGCAAGGUGGUCGAAUCCUACCCGAACUUCGAGACGGAUCUGGCGCCGCGUCUCAUCCUCGGCCUGUGGCAUCCCAAAUUCCUCGAGUCGGCGCUGGUCAAUGUGCCUUCGAUGAAGCGCAUCCACAUCGGCAUGUCGCCCCGCGCAGCACGCAAGUACUUCUGGAAGGAUUGCACCGGUUUCUCCAUGUACUUUGCCUGCCUCGUGGGUGCCGACGGUCAGCAGUUCAUCGCCGACGCGCAAAAGGCCGGCAAGGACAUCUACGUCUGGACGGUCAACCGCAAGGACGAGAUGAUCGAGGCGACACGCUGGGGCGUCAAGGCCGUGCUCACCGACAAGACGGCGCUGUUCCAGGAUCUGAGGAAGAACAUGACGAGCGAUUUCGCCAGCACACGACAGGACGAGGUCGGCAUGUUCUUCCGCUGGGCUACGUGGCGGUACUAUGCGCUGCCGCAGUUUGUGCUGCAGAACAUGUGGAUGGCCAACAUCGAGAAGCGGGCUGGGUCGCCGUUUAGGGAGGUUCCUGAGAGCGUGGCGGCUGCUGCACCGGCAGCGUCGCUCCCAGCCACGACGAACGGGUCAGCGGGCAUCUCGGAGAAGACAGCGUUCAGGUCCAACAUUGCUCAGCCAUCGAUCGCCGUCAACGCUGCUGCGUGA